UCUAACAAACUCUCUCUCUCUCAUCUUCUUCUUUCUCUCUCGACUCUGAAUCGUAAUAUGGUAUCAGAGCCAUCGAGCUCUUCUUCCGCGUGAUUCUUCUUCUGCUCUCAUCGCCUUCGAUCAAUUUCUUCAUUGAUCAUCUUCUCCGAUGGUUUCGCUGAAGAAAAUUCCUCGUCGAUCGACUCGUACUCGAGCUUCUACGAGCUCAGUUCGUCCUCCGACUCGGAUCUCCUCUCGAGCUGCUACGGAUGUCGAAACUCCUCCACCUUCUCCUCCGAUCACGAUCUCUCCACAGAUCGGAGCUCCUCCACCGACUUCUGUAACAACCUCGACUGAUCCAGCUCAAUCUCCUCUGUUUAUGCAUAGCGCCGAUCAUCCCGGUUUGCAACUCAUUACUCUUCGUCUCGAUGGAACUAACUAUGAUGAUUGGAAUGCUGCUAUGCGUAUUGCUUUAGAUGCGAAAAAUAAGAUUGGAUUCAUUGAUGGUUCCUUAACUCGACCUGAUAUCUCAGAUCCAUCUUUUCGCUUGUGGUCACGAUGCAAUAGUAUGGUGAAGUCGUGGCUUCUUAACUCUGUCUCUCAACAGAUAUAUCGAAGUAUUUUGCGUUUGGAUGAUGCUGCAGAUAUUUGGAAAGAUCUCAAUGGACGUUUUCACAUGACUAAUCUCCCGAGAACAUUUAACUUGACGCAAGAGAUACAAGAUCUUCGUCAAGGUUCCAUGUCUCUCUCGGAGUAUUACACAAAGUUGAAAACGCUAUGGGAUUAUUUGGAAAGCACUGAUGAACCGGAGAGACCAUGUAUCUGUGGUAAUGCUGCACAACUUAAGCUAAAGGCAGAGCGUGCCAAGAUUGUCAAAUUUUUGGCUGGUCUCAAUGAGUCUUAUGCUAUCAUCAGACGUCAGAUCAUAAUGAAGAAAGUACUUCCUUCUCUGGUGGAAAUAUACAACAUUCUCGAUCAAGAUGAUAGUCAACGAGGGUUCUCUGCAAUUGCUCCGGCUCAGGCUUCCUUUCAAGUCUCUGAGAAUUCAUCCAUGACUGAUCAAAUGAUCUCAUAUGUUCAAACAGGUCCAAAUAAGAGACGUCCUAUAUGCUCGUUCUGCAAACGUGUUGGACACAUAGCUGAACGUUGCUACAAGAAACAUGGUUUUCCACCAGGUUUUGUCUCCAAGUACAAAGCGUCUGAGAAGAGUGGAUCUUCUGCUAAAACAGCUGCUCAGGUUACACUCCCCACACCUUCCUCUGCUGCUGCUCCAUCUCAGACGGUUGAAAACAUGAUUGGAAACUUAAGCAAAGAUCAGAUCCAGCAGUUUAUUGCCUUGUUCAGCUCUCAACUACAGGCUCCUUCAGGUUCGAUUCACCCUGAAGAAAUUCCAUCAACUUCUGGAUCCUAUCAAGGAGUUGACGAUUGGUCAGGGUAGACGCCUUGGAAAACUCUAUGUCUUGGAUACUCACUCAUCUCCAAUCUCAGUCCAUUCGGUCGUUGAUGUGAGUACUUGGCAUCAGAGACUUGGUCACCCGUCGUAUAAGAAGUUGGAUGCAAUCUCUACAGCUCUCGGAACCUCAAGAUUAAAGAAUAAAGGCAGCUCGUUUUGUCAUACUUGUCAUCUUUCAAAACAGAGGAAAU